GCCCUCACCAUAGUAGGACUCAUUGGCGUGGCAGCGUAGACCCGAGUCUCUUGUUCUGCAUUUUGGACGUGUCGCUCAGACAGUCCUGCAUGCUAAAUCCGUCUGAUCACCAUCUUGAGCGGAGAUUUCCAACCCAUCUAAGGAGAUAACCGCUCGAAAAAAUGGGAGAAAUAAGACUACCGAGGCAUAUGUUUUUGUGGUGCCUGUCUGCAAUCUACAUGAUUGCCUUUGCGUCACUUUAUGUGCAGAUUCCAGGUCUGUAUGGAAAUGAGGGCUUGUUACCGGCACGAUGGAUGCUGCGGGUUUCUGGUAAAAGUGUUCUGGAGCAGCUAAAGUAUUCUCCCACCCUGCUGUGGUUCGGUCCUCAUCUGGGUUUGGACACACAGCAGUGCAUGGAGCUGCUUAGCCUGACUGGAGCUCUCAUCAGUUUAAUGGCAAUGGCUGUACCUGUGCUCCGAGACUGCAGAGUGUUCCUGGUGCUCUGGAUACUCUACCUGUCCCUCUACCAGGUGGGUCAAGUCUUCCUAUAUUUCCAGUGGGAUAACCUGUUGUUGGAGACGGGCUUCUUGGCCAUACUUGUCGCUCCCAUGAACAUGCCCUGGUCUUCAAAAGUGCGUCUUCAUGACAACGUGACUUUCUGGCUGGUGCGCUGGCUGUUGUUUCGGCUGAUGUUUGCGUCUGGUGUCGUCAAACUGACCAGCCGGUGUCCCACCUGGUGGGGUCUGACAGCUGUAACCUAUCACUAUGAGACCCAGUGUAUCCCGACCCCGCUGGCCUGGUUUGCUCACCAGCUGCCGGUGUGGUUCCAGAAACUCAGUGUGGUGGGAACAUUUGUUACCGAAAUCGCUGUUCCGUUUCUGUUCUUCAGCCCCAUACGAAGACACAGGCUCACCGCUUUCUAUAUGCAGGUUCUGCUUCAGGUGCUGAUUAUUCUGUCAGGGAAUUAUAACUUCUUUAAUAUUCUCACGAUCACUCUGUGCCUCUCUCUGCUGGAUGAUCAACAUGUCAACUUCUGGCUCCGCAGACCCCGCCAAAGACAGAGAGCUGUAUCAUCCUUGCAGACCCUCUUGUCCGGUCUUAUCGUGAUGGUCGAAGUUGGCGUAUACGCUCUGCUUGCCUACUUGACUGCCCUUUACUUUGACCUGCAGGUGGAAUGGGACAAGAAAAGUGUCUCCUCCAAAGCAGCAUUUACGUUUUUUGAGUUCAGCGGGUUUUUGAAGGCAGUCACAAUGCCCAGUAUCUGGAUGGGUGUGCUGUCUGUCACCUGGGAGAUCAUCACCGCCAUGUUUAAGAGUGCUUGUGUGAAGGGUGUGUUCUGGCGUCUCUGGAGUACAGUCCAGUGGGCAGUUAUGGCUUCAGCUACAGUCUCAAUGUUUGCCAUCAGCCUGGUUCCAUACACCUUCAUUGAAUAUGAGGCCAACAGUAAUCUUUGGCCUGGCAUCCAGACUGCGUUUGAGAUAACUGACCGUUACCAACUGGUCAACUCGUACGGACUGUUCCGGAGAAUGACUGGAGUUGGAGGACGUCCAGAGGUGGUCAUUGAGGGCAGCAUGGAUCGCAACACAUGGACGGAGAUAGAGUUCAUGUACAAGCCAGGGAACAUGAGCGCAGCCCCUGUUGUUGCUCCGCACCAGCCCAGACUGGACUGGCAGAUGUGGUUUGCUGCUCUUGGGCCGCACACACAGAGUCCCUGGUUCAGCAGCCUAUUAAACCGACUACUUCAGGGCAAACGAGAUGUAAUACGACUCGUUCAGACAGACGAGUCUCUGUAUCCGUUCAGCAAACAGCCUCCUGCAUAUCUCCGGGCUCAUCGCUACAAAUACUGGUUCACCGAGCCGAAAGAGGAUGGGUCAUACCCUCAGCGAUGGUGGAGGAGGGUGUAUGUGGAGGAGUUCUAUCCCAUAGUGCAGCUUGGUGACGCUUAUCUGGAACAUAUGCUUGUUCAACAUGGUCUCAAGGAUAAGACCCCUACGAGGCGUGGUUCGAAUGCUUGGUUGCCACGGUUAUUGCGGCAAGUUGGCGAACAUGUACGUGAGAUGCCGGCUCCUCUUCUGCUGUUGACUCUCUUCAGCUCGGCAGCAACAGUCGGUCUCCUCAACUGUCUACGAUCACGCACACGUCCUCACCAACACGAGUCCCACCAGAACAAACCCGCGGAUAAACAGACCGCAAACGCAACACCCUCCAACAUGGCAGAGACGGACGAGAAGAAGCUUGUGGAGGAAACUAAAGCGGAUGCUGAGGUAGAGGAAGAUGGACCGUUGGAAGAGGAAGAUGCAACAAAGACUAGCGAAGAGGAACAGGAAGAGGAAGUGAGCUCAGAGGAAAGGGACGUAGACCGCGUCAGAAAAAGAAAAUGAUGAGCUGUUGUCUCUCGAUUCAACUUCAGACUCUACAAAAGCAACUCAGGGUAAUUACAUCUGCCCCAGAACAUCAGCACUUAUUUAUUACUUCCAUUAUGUCAAAACACUUUCUGUUUUCAAAGGUAUAUUUGAGACAUUUAGACAUCAUAGUAAAGCAUUUACAUAUACCAGUGGCUUACUUGAAGUUCAGCUAAACUUGAAAGUAAAGAACGUAAGCGCUUGCCAGAUUUAGACACUAUAAAAGAGCAAAAUCACAAGGACUUUUUGUUAUUUGGCCCUUGAUUGUUCAAAGGGGUUAAUGCAAAACAAGGUAGAUUGUUUCUUUCCUACCAUCCGCUAACUGCUCGCACACUUCAUGAUGCCACAUUCACUAAAACCCAGGAUGUGUCCUCCGAGUUUCUUUUGAGACCUAAAAAUAUAACUUUACAUGUUGGGAUGCACACAUUCUGGGCCGUGCCUUUUUAUGAUUUACCUAGAAUAAAAAAUCAAGUAUGGUUACAGGUGUCCGAAAAUAUUAGUUGUAAUAUGAAGAUAUUUAAAUUAAGUUGCUUUUUAAUCUGACGGUCAUCAUGUCUUUGUUGUAAGAUAUGUGUAUUGCUGUAAUGUUCCCAGAUCAGUUUUUGUUUAGUUUUUUUACCACUGUGAUCACAUUAUUAAGAUAUGCCUAGACCCCAUUGUGUAAAAUGUUGCAUGUUUAUUAUGUUGAUAUGAGCGAUCUAAGAAAGAAAAAACUCUGCUUUAAUGUUUUGUAAUAUUUUU